AUGGCAAGAUCAGGUCAUUCCACUUGCUUGUCUCCUGGAAGACAUAGGGCACGUCAACCCCAGACACAGAAGCUCACGGAAACCGAAAUUUCUGAGCUGAAGAACUACCUUCCUGAGUGGACUUCUGCAAAAAGGAGUGAGAAGCGGGCAGUUUUCACUGCAAUUGCCAGGGCUGCCAGGUUGUUUGCGCCAAAGGUGGACCAAGGACAAUGGAAAAAGAGGAAGCAGAUGUACAAGACUUGGUUGUUCAACAACAAGAAAAAGAAGGAAAGGAAGGACAUGAUAAAGUAUGGGAGGAAAUGGACACCUAGGAUGGUGAUCUACCAGAAGAAUUGGGAAGAGGUGCUGAAGAGGAUUGAGGAUGAGUCUGGGGCAAAGCCAGGAGAUCCUGGUAUGGUCAAGCAUUAUCAGGCGGCUGUGAAGAGAGUCAUGGCUGAAUUGUCCGACGACGAGUUGGAGAAGACAAAAGAAACUGCCGAAGAAUGGUCCAACAACUGUCCUCCUCCCGAGAUACAAGCACAGGUCGCCUGUAAGAAGGGACCUGCAUAUAUGGAGCACUUUUCAAAGGAGAUGUGGAGGCAAUGCGGGAUGAGAGUGUUUGUGUUGUCAGCUUGGAAGAAUGAACAGGGCAAGGUGCUGUUUGGGAUGCACGAUGAUAACAAGGCAUUAGGAGAUGGGGACAACUUCAUGAAGACAAAGGACUGGAAGGACAUUGAGCCGGUGUGGCAGGAGUAUGCGCAGGAACAGUUUGGUGCCGGAGCAUGGGAAGCCUUUGAGCUCGACACUGACAAGGAUGGGAUGCCAUUGCUUCCGGACAUCACCAAAACAAAACUCGAGGAGAAGAAGGCCAUAGUCAGGGCUUUUCUCACAUUGCACUAUCGGAUUUGUUCGGGGAUUGACAAGGCAGUAGUGCCAUGGAGCGCCAUCCUUCAAUGCCAGGAUGACUUUGUGUCACAAAGAUAUCUUCCGGCGGAUGUCAACUUGAAGGAGCCUUCCAAGUUGCAAAAUUGGGACAUGACGGCCCUCCUCAAUUUCUGGUAUGCUCGGCAGGAGAAAGGCAAAGGAUCAACAUUCACGUUCAAAGCAUGGAAGAACAAAGAUGGCGACAUGGUAGCAUCGGUCGUAUCAGGCAGGUUGCCUUCCCAUUGGACGGAUAAAGUCAAAAACACGCAAAGGGUAAUCAUCCGAAGCCCUAGGGAUUCAUCCUCCAAACCCAACAGUGAUUUCGGGAAUGACACUCACCAUAUGGAUGAUGAUGAUAAUAACUUGGCUGAUGGUAGAUCACCGAAAAAGAGAACCAGAACCAGAGAAGGUCCUUCAUCAUCACAUGCAGAGAUGGCAAUCCCACCAUCAAUUACGAAGCCUCACCCUGUCAAGUCGGCGAAAUGUGGUGCACUGCUGACAUCGCUGUAA